GCCCGUGCCGCGAUCCUGCGUCUGUGAUUCGGCUGAAGAGAGGACAAAGUGUUCAAACACAGAAAACUUGUGAUUUAACUGAAAAGAUGGCAUUAAUCAAAGAGGAGAGUGAAGAUGUGAAGAUUGAAGAAACGUUCAGAGUCAAACAUGAAGAUACUGAGGAAAAAACAGACCUGAUGGCAAUUAAAGAGGAGAGUCAAGAUCUGAAUGAAAUGGAAAAAGAUCUGCAUGAAAAAGACCACAGUUUCAUAACUGGAGAAAAAUCUUUUUGUUUUUCACAGCCUGAAAAUACUUCCUCACAAAAAAGAGCUAAGAAGUCUAGAUCUAGAACUUGCCAACAAUGUGGAAAGAGUCUGAACAAAAAAGACAGCAUUAUAGCUCAUAUGAGAAUUCACACUGGAGAGAAGCCUUACUCCUGCCAACAGUGUGGAAAGAGUUUCCCACGAAAAGAAAGUCUUAGGAUUCACAUGAGAAUUCACACUGGAGAGAAGCCUUACUCCUGCCAACAGUGUGGAAAGAGUUUCCCACGAAACGAAAGUCUUAGGCUUCACAUGAGAAUUCACACUGGAGAGAAGCCUUAUUCCUGCCAACAGUGUGGAAAGAGUUUCCCGCGAAAAGAAAGUCUUAGGAUUCACAUGAGAAUUCACACUGGAGAGAAGCCUUACUCCUGCCAACAAUGUGGAAAGAGUUUCCCACAAAAAGAAAGUAUUAGGAUUCACAUGAAAAUUCACACUGGAGAGAAGCCUUACACCUGCCAACAGUGUGGAAAGAGUUUCUUACGUAAAGAAGGUCUAACAAUUCAUAUGAGGAUUCACACUGGAGAAAAGCCAUUUGUGUGUGGUCAGUGUGGAAAGAGUUUCCCUCAUAAAGCAACUUUGCAUUCUCACAUAAGGCUUCACACUGGAGAGAAGCCUUACAGCUGCCCACUGUGUGGAAAAACUCUGAACCACAAAGGACAUCUUAGGGCUCACAUGAGAGUUCACACUGGAGAGAAGCCUUUCACAUGUGAUCAGUGUGGAAAAUGUUUCGUAUGUAAGGAAGGCCUAACUAGGCACAUGGAGAUUCAUUCAAGAGAGAGCAGUUUUAUAUGCCCUCAGUGUGGAAGUACAUUCACAGACAGGAAACUCUUUAAGCGCCACGUUAAAACACAUCGUACAUGAGCCUUUCAUGUGUCAUCACUGUGGAAAGACUUUCACAAGAAAAGCACGCCUCAAGACUCACACCUGGAUAGAAACCUUUAACGUGAACAAUGUGGAAAGACUUUCAGACAGAAAACAACACUUUAUAUACCCACAUUAGAGUUUACACCACAGAGCAGUGUUGUAGUUGAGUCAUCAACUGUCGAGUCGGAGUCGAAUCUCGAGUCCCAGUGUUCGAUUCCAAGUCCGAGUCACCAAAGAAUAGUCCGAGUCGAGUCACCAUUACUAGAGUUUGAGUCCGAGUCGAGUCUCAAGUCAAGUCUCGAGCUCCUAGUGCCUACAUGUCUCCACUCUGGGACCUUCAAAGAACUGAUAAAAUGUAUUAAAGAGGUACUACAUUAAACAAAAAUGAUAAUUUGGUGGUGACUGGGGCAGAAGAGGGACGGGGGGUUAAGUUUGGGAGCGAGUUCAGCUUCCUGAUGUCCUUCAGUCUGCUGGUCCUGGCCUGGAGACUCCGCAGUCUCCUCCCUUAUUCAAUAAGCUAAAAGUUUUUGUUUUAUACAUUAUUAGUAGUUACAUAAUUUAUUUAAAUCCUUUUUUAUGAUCCUGCUGAUAAUCGUUUUAUAGAACCAUCAGAUUAUGUGUGGGUAGCAACAAACACUACUUUCAUGCAUCUGAUGUCAGGUACCAUGGUUGAAUCAGCGUUGAAUUAGGUUUUGAUUUAGCAAAUUGGAUCAACGUUGAUAGUUAAAUCAUUUCACCAUGGAAGUAACAAUGUUGAUUCACAGUUGAAAUCCUUUAACCUAAUACCUUUAAACAGUCGAUCAUCGUUAAACGUUCAAGCAAGCAUUAAAUUAAAAAAAUUUUAAUAUGGCAAUCUAGCUUAAAUGUCAACACUGAGAUGUAAGCUUUGAUUUUCUGUGCAUAUUUUUUGUUUUCACCAACUAAUAAAUCAUGCUGUACAUGAUUUGCAAUCGGACGGCAUGAAAAAAACUACUUUUAAUAGUUUUCUAACAAUUAGACGUCCAUAUAUCAGCAGUGAAGGGAUGAGAUUCUCAACAUUCUAUAGAAGAAAAACUUUGGAACAAUAAUGCCAAAUGUAAUAAUAACAAACAGUCUAAUUAGAAUUUAUUUAAACAGACUAUAUAUAGUGUACAUUUCCACAGAAUUUCUUGAGAAAAUUCUCGUUUAACAACAAUAAAACAAUGUACCAUUAAACCCUUAAGACAGUAUGUCAGAAUGCAGAGAGGAAUUUCAUUCUGGAAACUUUAUUUCUAGAACCAUACAUUUUUCUAGUAACAGUCAUUUAAAAUAAAAAAAUGUGUCCUUAAGGAAGAGUCUUCUUCUGGCCACCACCAGCUAUCUUCUGUGGUGCAUAUUUUAAGUAUUUGAACAUGGUCUCCAAUAUUUUUGUGCUUGUCGUGUUGUGUGUAUUGAUAAAUGCAUCUAAAGAGAAAAAUCAGUUCAGAUCAACAAAAUUGCUCUAAAAUUAUGGAAGAUCUUUUCAAAGAACUUAUUAAGAUAACAAUUGACCUUGUCAGCUGAUGUGAAUAAGUCAUUCUACACUCGCUGCCUUCAGGAUCUGCCUCAGAUACACGAAGGCUUCAUCAAGCAAAUGGGAGAAAAUAUUUAAGUUGUACAUUUCUAGUUAUAUCCAUGACUAUGAAGCUAAGGGUAGUAAUGUUAUACAAAGUUAAAUGCUAAAUCUGACUAGACUGACUAAAUUCUGGGUUUAAACAAAGGAUUAAAACGGUACAUGCUGUUAAAUAUAUCUUAGAAUGGUAACACCACACUAGCAAGUGACAUUUAACUAGAAGUUUUUGAGCUGGCUUAUAUUAUUGCAGAACUAUGUCAGAACCAAUAAAAUUACUUGAUGAAAUUGUAAUUUGGAUUACCACUACCCAAAUUAAACACAAAUAUCAAUGGAUUGUUUAUUGGAUGCCAGGAAAAACCCAUUGGAUGUCACACUGUUAAAUUUUCUGGAAAAUAUUGUGUAAAGAUUUCACUACAUUAUGUACUAUUAUUAUAGGGUUUCGCUACAUUAUGCUUCUAUAAAAUUUUCUAUCUCCUCUGAAAAUAUCUUUGCAGAAUUAUUUGUGUAGUGCCUAAAAUAUCGAUUUACAGUGAAAAACUGAAAAUAUUGACUCUCUUAUAUGUAAGAACAACAGAGUUUGAGCUAUUAAAUGAUCAAAUUCAAUCCUGGUGAUGUCAGUGCCCUAAAUAAUCUUAUAAUGGACUAUUUCACAUCCGGAGAUUGAGGACCAAUGAUGAAGUUUCCUCAAAAGGCCGCCUCAGUCUCCACUCGUGUGUAAAAACUUAUGAACAACUGACAGAAGCUUUCUAUCCUUGUGUGCCAUUAGCUUUAGUGGUUUCAAAGUAACCAUUUUGUAUCUUUUACAUGUACAGUUACUAAAAUAAGUAAUAUACCACAGUGGAGUGACUCUUACUUGACUGUUGUACUUUUGUUUUCAAUGCCAAUCCUUAAAACAUUUUUUUUUCUUCAAAAUUCCAUUUAUGAAAAAUAAUAGCAAUGGGUCUCAUUCACUUAAUAUGCGUAGGCACAGAUUUUUGCGUGAAAUGUGCGUACGCACGUUUUCACGAAUAAACCAUGAUUCAUCAAAAACUUUCGAAAAGAUUCAAGAAUAACUUAUACCACACGUACUCAAUAAUCAUGUACAACCGGGGCCUUAUAAGCAUGUGUUAAGAACCCUACAUAUAAUUAGAUGUUAUUGAUAAAUUAUAAUUAGAGUUCCAAUUUAUAUAUAUAUAUAUUAGAGGUCCAAACAACAAUCACCUGAUCUAUCCUUAUAUAAACGGUGAUUAAUGUGUCUCAUCUUGUGUUUAGAGGCAUUAGAACACUUGGUACUGCUUAAAGACAUCGCGGCGCGUGCUCAGGAGAGAGCGCGUCUUUAGAGAGCGCACAGAUAUGUUCGCUGAGAGUGACGAAUGGCUGUUCAGUCGCUUUAGGUUGCCCAGAGAAGUCCUCAUUGAUUUAUGCAACUCACUGGAACCACACCUAAGCCACAUCACCAACCGCUCUCACCCUAUACCACCUUAUCUCCAAGCCUGUGUUAUAACCCAUGCUUCUUUUUUUUACCUGUGCCCGUUAUGCCAGUGGAUACACUUUUAAAUAACAAAUUUUUCCUUGCUUCCACCUCCGACAGCAAAUUACACCAUAAUUUUAUUUCCAUGUAAGUGCCUCGUUGUGGAAAGCCCUUGCAUGGAGCUGGUUUGGGCGUGAAUUAUGCUAAUUACUAACCUUGUGCACAAGGGCUCUCAUUUAGAAGACACCAAAUUCACUAACAGAAGAACGAGUUUAAGAACAAGCUCAUGUGUGUUAAAUGUGCGUAUGAACAAGAAAAUUGUACGCAAUUAUUAGUGAAUGAGACCCAAUGACUUUUGUUAGAGAAACUAUGAAAGAUGUAAAAACACGAUAAAUGGAUAAAAUGUCACAAACAUUUUUAUUUUUUAAUGGCUCCAUUAGAGAGUUCUGUAAAACAAACAUUUUAACCAUUUAAUGAAACAUCAAUAUAGUAAAAAAAAUUGAUGACUAAAAUAUGAUUAAAUAAACCAAAACUUAAAUUGUUUAUUUAAAGUGAAAUCAAAAUGAAAUAUUUUUGGGAUUUAGUAUCAAUAUAUAAACCUGUGUAGGGCUUUUGUGGCCUCAACAAAUAACAAAACUUUGUACCUGCCGAAAAACUGCAUGUUGAAAGCACAAGUAAUUAAUUAAGAGUCAUGAAUUUUGAACACUUUCAUUUAUUUACGGACAUGUCAAAAAUGCAGAAAAUAGACAGUUCAAAAUGUUUAUGAAAGAAGUCUCUUUUGCUCAUCAAAACUACAUUCAUGUAAUCAGAAAUAGAGGUAAAGCAGGAACACUAUGAAAUAUUACAAAUUUUAAUAACUGUUUUAAUAUAUAUAUUUUUAAAUAGUUUUCCUGUCAUAUUUAAUUAGAAUUUUCAGCAGCCAUUACUCCAGUGUUCCGUGUCAUACAAUCCAACAAAAGUUUUUCAAAUAUGCUGUUUUGGAGCUCAAUAAACAUUUCUUAUUAUCUCAAAAACAGUUGUGCUGCCUCAUCUGUGGAAACAGUGAUACUUUUUUUUUUUUCAGGAAAUUAGAUAGAUUAUUAUAAAUAGAUUAUUACAUAAAGAACAAUCUGAUGCAUGUAUCACAGUGUUUAUAGCCAUGGCUAAUUUGCAACACCUGUCCCUAGAAGAGCUUUUAACAGUCAAGAUAAUGAGGAAAGAAAAAUAAAAAUAAAAAUUACAGCGAAUACAAUGAAAUGUCCAGAAACCAGUUAGCACCAAUAAAAAUAAGUAUAAUAAAUAAACACAUUCACUCAAACUCACACAGAUGCACACCUUACAUGCACCCAGCUACACAUCUCAUAUAGCAUGAUCACACUGCUGCUGCUCUAUGAGCCAGAUUUUUUUUUUUUUUUAAAGGUGGACAGUUUAGUUAAAGUCUUUAUAUUUGUAGGAAGGCAGUUCCACAAAUAGGCUCCUUUCACAGAAAAAACAUUUUGGGCAAAAGAUGCCAAAUCCACAUGUAGCCGCUCUUGUUGAUCUGGAGGUUUCCAGUCUGUUCACAAAUUUACAAAGUGGCUCAGGGGCAAGUCCAGUCAAACAUUUAAAAAACAACUUUACAACAAGAUUAACAAAAUAUAAGAUUUUAUCCUUACUUAAAAUGUAACAGUGAUGGAAUCGAAUGGGCUUUUUAUCAAAAAAGUUUAA